AUGGAGACUGAGGUAAUCAUUUUGGAUUCCGACGAUGAAGACAGUCGUCCAAGUGCUCCGCUUAAUGGCUCUGCUUUAGCUUCAGUUGCUAUUGUCAAUGCAAAACCUUUGGAUUUGGGUGCUUUAGGGAUUGGAACCACAAGGACCGAUGAAGGAGUGUUAAACAACAAUCAAAACAUUCGCUACUAUGGGAUGCGUCCAAUGGAAGAAAGACCCCAAACAUACAUAGCGCCGAACCGAAUUAAGUCCAACACGAAUCUUCCUUAUGUUCAAACGGUGACUCCUAUAUCUUCUCCACGACCGCCGGUGAGACUGCCGUAUGAAAAGGGUCGGCCGCAACCUCAAACAAGAGAUGAUGGUAUAAAUGCAGUAUCCUUACUAGGCAGCACAGCACAAAUGGCCCGUUCCUUGCCAGCUCGGCCGUCAAGGAUUCAAAAUCACUCUCCUGCUCCGCGUAAUGUGGUCCGACAUGUGCCAGAAUCGCGUGUUCAAAAUUAUAAUUUCGAAGUGAGCGGUGAGAAGUCAAGCGACAACGAUCGCCAACUUUGUCCUUCUCUCAAGUUUAGAUGUCAAUACCCGAGUUGUAAACGUGUGAUUACUGGUAACGUAUCAUUCGUCUGCCAUCUUUGGGCGCACAUUGCAACUUGGAAGGAAUAUGAUCCGAAGACGCCAUCACUUCCCAUGCUUAGUGAUAGUCACUCGAUUUCCUCCACGCCAUCUAAGAGGAACGAUGUCGAUAUCUUAUCGACUUGCCCAAGCUGUACGGCUCGAUUUCAUACGCCAUAUUUGAUGCAGGUGCACUACACGCGAUGCCAUUCACGGCAGCCUCAGGCUGUGAAUCGCGCUACAUGCGCUAUUUGUGAGAGGGACGUGCGUUCUGACGUUGGAGCUGCUAAUGCAUUGCGCACCCAUCUUAUGACUCAUGAGCCGAAUGAUGCUCCUUACCACUGUAAGCGUUGUCGCUAUCGAUGCACAGUUCGGAUGCAUCUGUUUGAUCAUUUCGUCAGGGAACAUAAGAACACGAGCACGCUUAUGUGCCCGUUCUGCACGUUCACGUUGGUUGUCCCAUCAUACCAAAGAAAGCGGCCGGUUAUACGAGUAUCGGAGUUUGUUAAUCACAUGAUUAGUCAUGAGUCAGAGUCUCGUUUGGGGUGCGAUCAUUGUGCAUUAUCUUUUUCGAACAUCGCUGAUAAGCAGAAGCAUCGAAGGGAACACUCGGCAGUAAACCCGAAAUGGACGCUGACGUACAGGAACCCGGAAACUCGUUCUCGCCAGCGAAGUCGGUUGGUAUGUCAAGAACAGAAGCCGCAGUACCAGUGUAAACAAUGCAUCAACAGCUCUUAUAGUAAUCCUUCGAAGAAGUGUAUCGCAUGCGUCACGCUGGCUUUCAACGAAAGCUUAUACGGAAAACGCCGCUCAGCUACUGAUACCUCUGUUCGCAGAGGCAUCGAUGCGAUACAGUGUAGUCUCCGAGGACUGCGAUUCUGCUGCAAAUGCGGAAUGCGCACACGAAAUGGCAAUCGCAUGGCUCAACAUUUUUAUUACUGUAAUAAGGGCUUCGAGGAUAUCGAAACUGACGAUGAAUUCGUUGAGCCAACAGAAGCCGAUCAGGAAGAAGACAAAAUGGAAGCACAGUUGUUCUCAGUCCUUCAUAAGAAGGAGCCUGCCAUGCCCCCUGUAAAAACCGUGGAACGAAAACGUAGGUUGAUUGAACCACCUCUGCUAAUUUUCGAGCAACAAGUGAGCAACAUGAGUAGACCUGAGGAUAUGACUGGUGCUGUGCUUUUCUAUAAAAAGUGUUCCGAGAACGGCCCACAGGCGAAUAUCGAAAAGUUCAAGGACCUAAGAGCUUCGUAUGAUUUUUGCUAG